UCGUGAAAAAUCUAUUGGUUUUGCUAGCACCCAUGCGUAUAGAAUAAGUCUUUGCGUGGAACACAAUGAUACACGGCCCUGCGGUCAGUACUCUCCUACCACUGAUUCAUUUAACGUGUUUACUUUCCAAAUAAAUCGAUUUUAUAUUAAAUCGAAAUGUUUCUAAAAUAUUCAGUGUUUUUGUUGUCAUUUUAUAUUCAAUAUGGGUCAUCAAUCCGUUGCUACGAAUGCAACAGCAUGAACAACUCGAUGUGCCUCGAGCCAGCGCAGUAUGACCUCGAUACGCUGAUGAAGUUCAUGCCCGUGGUGAACUGCGGCGAAGGCGUUCUAGCCACGGGCAGCCACGGAUUCUUCUGCAGGAAGAUUGUGCAGACUAUCUUCCACAAAGGAUAUGAGCCGGAUGUCCGAGUAACUCGCAGCUGCGGCUGGAUCAGACACCACCGCGACUGCUACAAGGCCGACAACGAGGACCACUUGGAGACAGUCUGCCAGUGCUUCUCCGACGGCUGUAAUGCGGGCCCCAGGAUCGCUUACACAUUAGCCCUGAUGAUCCUUGCUGUAGUAAUGACUGUUUUCUAGCAAAUAUUGUGCAUAUUGUAAUGUUUGUUAUGUUAUUAAAGAGACGUAGUUUUA